CGGAGCUCGACCCCAUCCUGGUGCGAUUUCUCGUCGCGGGUCGAUGUUCGAUGGCCCUGUGGCCCUACGGGUGCAUGGGCGCAUGGUCGGAUUCGACGCGCUUCCCUCUCGUCCUCUGGCUUCUGCAGCCUUUUAGGUUCUUGAGGAUUUCCUCUCGGCCCGUCGACCCCCCGCCACGUGUCGCCGAGAGCGCGAUGGCGCCGGGCGGCAGGAUGAGGGCCAAGGCCCCAGCAGCUGGCGCCGGCGGCGCUGGGCCCGCGCGCACGCUGAGCAGCAACCCGAAGGACUUCGCCGGCGUGCCCAACGCUUUCGGGCCCCGCGGCUUCGUCGCGAGGUACACCGACCUGCUGGACAAGGCGAGGGACGGGUUGAGGGCGCUCGAGAGGAACUACACGUCCAACACCGAGGAGGCCGGCCAGAUCCUGCGCUGCCUCAGUGGGGGUUGCGGGAAGCCGGGCGAUAUCAGCAUCGAGCACGAAGGCGAGACCGAGGUGAUGAAGGAGCAGCAGGAGAUCGAGGACGGCCUAAGCGGCCCUAGCUCUCCCGACCGGGAGCGCCCAGACGCGGCGCCACCCGACGCGGUGCGCCAGCUCGACGCCAACCCGAAGAAAGACGCGGCCGCGGAGGACGAGGAGGGCAUCCUCGAACGGUUGAAGAAUAUGGUCUUCGGAUACGAGGACGACAAGGCCAUCGGUCAGCCCGUGCACGAGGACGGCACGCCGCUGGCUCCGGGCGAAAACCCGACGAACGCGACGGUCGCGGCAGACGUUGCGGGGGCCAGUGGCAAGGAGGCCAGAGCCAAAGCCGCGGAGGAGGCCGGGGCGACAGGAGAGAGCACGACCGCGUCUGGGCCAGCGGAGGGCAGCUCGAGCAAGACCUCGCCUGGGUCCCAGGAGGGCGGUGUGAUUUCGACGGUGUCCGAGCAGGCGAACGAGACGGAGGAGAGCCCUUACGAUCACGCGGGGGACGCGCACGAGGUAGACCCUGGCUGCCAGGAUGAAUUCACGAAACUGUCAGCUGCCAUACGCCAGCACUUCGUUGGGUUUGCGAAGGGCAGGGGCGCCUGCCAGUACCGGGCCAUGGUCCCCGAGAGCGCGCCCGAGUCCGAGGACAGAGAGCAGCACGACCUCGCCCGGGUCCGAGCAGGCCGCCGAGGAGAGCACGAUCUCGGAGGCCGACCUCAGGAAGGCCAAAGAUGCGAUCGCAAACAUCAGCAUGGCCAACGACACGGAGGAGGAGGAUGGAACGGUCUGGGUCAGGCCCGUGAAAAGCGGAUCGACCCAGUCGACGCCCGUGGAGGUUCAGCACCACGGCGCCACGGAGAGCACGGUCUCGGCCAGCUCCGAGGAAGGCAGCGAGGAUCGAGGACAGCGACACAGAGGAGGUCGCGCCCGAGAAGGCGGGCGCUCGGGAGAGGAGCGCGGGUCUGGACGCCGCCGCAGACCUCAGCACGGAGGAGGAGGACCAGAGGAGAAGCCAACCCCAGGUCGGCGCAGACAGGCCAGCUGAGCAAGCGCCACGUCCCCGGCCUCGGAGGUCUCGACGCCCGGGGUGUCCGCCGUGGCGAGGGGAAGACGGCGUCCGGCUUCGCCCCGCCCUCGACCGCGAAUGCAGAGGAGGAUCCGUGCACGGAGGUGAAGUACUCCUGGAACAGCGCGACGCCCUCCGCCACGGUGUGCUUGCCCGAGGAGACGCCCCGAUGACCGCCCUGCUCGCUGCUAUCUGCAGCGAGCAGCUGGGGCCAGCGGGCUACGACAUCGCGAAAUGCUCAGCGGAGCCGUACGUCAGGUGCAAGUGGAGCGAAAGCGGCAUUUGGUAUUCUGUUGACCUGAAACUGGCGGCAAAUGUCACCGUGGGCGCAGAGAUCCAGUACGAUUUCGCCAAUGUCCACUUCGUGUGCGAGAGCAAGAUCAAGGUCUGAGGCCGGAACGCGGCUUUAGCUGCCUCUGUGGGAGCGAUACGUUGCGACUGCCCCUGCAUCGGGUGUCCUUCUUUGCACUGCCGCCCUGUGGGCAGUCCCCUCGACG